UUGCCGGUAUCUAAACCGUACUCGACAAAAAUGAGCGCGGGACCAGGCUUCGUCGGCAUAAAGUUUUGCCCAGAGUGCAAUAACAUGUUGUAUCCAAAAGAAGACAAAGAAAAUCGACAGCUGUUGUAUGCAUGCCGUAAUUGUGAUCACAAGCAGGUUUCCGAGAAUCCAUGCAUAUACGUUAACAAACUUAUGCAUGAAAUCGAUGAAUUAACGCAAAUUGUUGCUGAUGUCAUCCAUGACCCGACGCUACCGAAAACUGAAGAUCAUCCCUGUCCCAGCUGUGGCUAUCGAGAAGCUGUCUUUUUUCAAGCGCAGUCUCGGAGAGCUGAGGUCGGUGCAGUUAUUUCAUGUUCCAUUGUGAUAUUAAUGAUAGUGAUAGUUGUAAUGGUAAUAAUGACACCAGCGAGAGGAGAUGAGAUUGUACUAUGUGUGUAUGAACCCGUCGUGCACGAAUCGAUGGACGGAUUGAAGAAAUAUGAUUUGGAGUUAUGGAAAAUGCAUUCGUUGAUCGCGAGUAGUGUUGAUCAUCACGAUUUCAUUACGCGUUAUAAGAACGAAGCAAUCGUGAGGAAGCAAUUUGAUUUGGGGUUGGCUUUCAGAGAGAGUGAAGAGAGAAUGCUAAAGCCGAAAGCUUUAACGCAUGUUCUGGGCCAGGUGAAUACGGGAGAUGCGAAAGGUGCACUGCUUUUGAAUCGUGAGGGACUUCUUCUGGCCUACAGCGGUUAUGAGAGUGUGGAUUCAAGUAGCGCCAAUGCUACUGUAUCUGCUGCACUCCUGUCGAAUAUAUGGGAUACUUUCGAAAGACAAGGAAUUCGUGAAGAUCUCAACGAAAUGAUAUUGGAAUGUGAAGAUGGUGUGAUAGCAAUCACGAAGGUGGCCAGUAUGCUGUUGGCCAUAAAAGCGAAUAGUUCAGUUCCGAUGGGACUUCUGAGUGCUAAACUCAAGGCACUGGCCGAUUAUUUGUAUACACCACUGACUGUUGUAUCGUCGAAAGACUGA